AUGAGUAUGUACGAGAGUUACGACUCCAAUGUGACAUUCUCAGCCACAGGGAGGUCACUUGAUACUGGGUCUACAACAUCAUUACCAGGCUUUGAGUCAAAUGAAGAACAGUUGGUGAUAUUAUUUCUGAAGGUGAUUAAUAUUAUUGACAACUGUCCCUACUGUGAUACACACGAGCUACUUCUUGCCCAUAGACUGUUAUGUGACAACUUGACAAUUUUAACAGAUGUUAUCACAACACACCUGGAAGCUAAGAAAAGCUUCAGUGCAUUUAUGGCAAAUAAUAGGUUGGAUUACAUCAUAAACAAUGUAAUAUUUGACAGCUUUUUAAAGGGGGGAGUGGUAUACACCACUUAUAGAACUUUUCGACCAACACAUCAACUUAUUGCCAUAUUGUUUCUGAUUUGUGAAUCAUGUCGUGUGACUUUUCAACGUGAACUUUUUCUUGAGUCGAUUGAAAAGAUGAUUAAAUUGAGGGCUAAAUAUUUGGCUGCAAAUCGGCUCGAACCUAAAAGUAUCAUCGGGAACCUAAUUGAGGAUGUUUUGGGCAAGCUAGCUCCUGAUCCAGAUAUUGCUCAACUUUUGAAAGAGCGAUUAUGUGAAUGUAGUUUGUCCAGUGAAGCUAUGUUUCUUAUGAGUGAUAUCGCUGCAUUUACAACCAAUUUGAACACAGAAACAAACACCAAUCUUGAAGACUUCAAUCAAUUGAAAAAAACAUUUGAAGAGAUCCUUAUGAUUAUGUUGACGAGAAACUACAGCGAACUUGAUAGAGAUACCUACAAAGCUAUUCGUGAUUGCUAUAAUUCGUAUUUUCAUCAUAUCAAUUUAAACACCGGUGUAUAUGAACCAAAUUCAUUGCAACAAAACUCGGAUUUGUAUCACUAUGAAGUGUCUAAUGGUAACGAGCCUAACGUGCGCACCAAACGUGACCAACAACCAAGCUAUCCUGCCACUUGGAUCCCAAGCUUUCUCGAAGAUGAGUACUAUAAUGAAAACACAAAUACUGUGAAUCAUGUCGUAUUGGAAAAGCCCACGAGAAACCCGUUCAAAAUGCUCUUUCGAAGAAGAAUUCUUACCGACAAGAGACAACGAUGGCACCUAUUUCACCGGAAACAACAGAAUGUCUAG